AUGGGCCUUGAUCUGUUCUCUCCAGUCGCCCCAGUGCGUCUGAACAUAUUGCUACUUCCGGUCGGCAGGAUCAAGCGAUCCAGAUUUCUUAGCUUUGCUACAAGAUUACAAGCCGAAAAACUCGUCCGGCUCGGCGACAUCAGCCCUGAUGAACGUCCAAAUCGAAAUAUGUUUACACCUCUGGCGUUUCCUAAUGGAUUGAUUCUAUAUAAUAUUUCAUUCUCCGUGCCGCCCACCUCCCAUCUCGAGCUGUUUCCGUUCGAAAUAUUUCGAGAACCUCUCGUGGUGAUUGCUAUUGCCGACGGCGCCGAACUACAGCACGAUCAAGACCCGGAGAAGGAGACAAAUGCAAAGAGGAAUAGCGGGGUAGACAUACCUCCAAAUCCCAGUGGGUUAGAGGAUUUAAAACGGGAGCUUUCGUGGGUCAAAGAGCAGAACCCCAGGGCCUUGGUUAACCAACUCCUUAUUUUUGAUUAUGAGGGUCUUGAAAAGUCGAUAAGCGGUCCGGACGACGUCAUAUGGGUGCCCGCUCCUCAGUUCUCUCGGCCCACUACGAUCAAGACGGUCUUAUGCGACAUAACUUCUCUAUUGCUCGGCGAGAUGGACGGAUUUGCGAAGCUUAUGCAGAGUAUACCAGCUAUUGAUUCCCCCAAAGCUUCUUCGUGGGGUCCUCGAAGAGGCCCAGAGCUGCGUCCACGACCUAUAGACAAACUCAUGCACAGAAUGACAAUGCCAGCUCAGUUUCCAGUGUCAAAUGGCGACUCACAGUCGGCAACAAGCUCUGGUAGAUCUUCUCCGGCUCCCGGUAGCCAUGAUUCCCCAACAACCUUUGAUGAGAUCACUCGAUCUAUUCAAGUUUCAAAUCGAUCUGCUACAGGCACGCAAUCAAAGGAGAGCAGUCGUGAUCGAAUGUCUAUUCAGGGCCUUAGUGCUGCAGAUCGUACUAAGAAUAGGAUCAAGGGUCGUCUUGGUGUAGUUGUUGGUACGCUUUAUUUACAAACCGGCAGGUGGCCGGAUGCAUUGAAAGAGCUUGUUGAAGCUGCAACCAUGGCCCGGGCGAGUAGUGAUUACCUUUGGCAUGGAAAGGCACUCGAGUCUAUUCUCUUGUGCCUUUUGAUGCUCGGGUGGGCCGGUAUGGACUUCCAGGUCCCUCAAAUCUGCUAUCCUGUGGCUGAAAAAUCCAGCUCUAAAUCGUCGCAUUCAACUCCCGUGCAUAGCGUGACGGACGUAGUCGGCUCCGGACAAUCAGCUGCUGGAAACCGGCUCAUAUCAUUGCAAAAUCUUACGAACCUUUUGCCCGACCUUUGUAAUAAUAUUCUCCACCUCUACAAUCGAGCUGCCGUGAUUACGGACGAACCACUUCCUCCUUUGGUGUUUUCAGAAACAGUCAUUCGCCUAUCACGUGUACUUUGUGCAAUUCGACUCCGUUCCGGUACCCUUGACGACAAUGCGCUAAGACAUAUCGUCAUGAAUGAAACCCUCACGCCUUCACAUACUGAGUGGCCUCGCGGGGCGCCUGUCUUGAAAAAGAAUGAUAUUGCAACCUUUCUGUUUCGUGCCAUGCCUAUCUCUCUCGGAGUUGAGCUACCUAUCACCGAUGCGGCACCUAUUCUUGUUGGUAUAUCAUCUGUUCUUUCGAUCCUCGAUCUUCCCCGGAAAAAGGCUCUUGUUCUGAGAGAAUUAAUCUUGCUCAUGGUUCCUGGGCUGGUGGAAGCUAGGAAAAUUGGAGCUGCCGAAAUAGGUAUCCACCCGGCUGCAGGACUCUCGACAUUAAGUGAGGCGGCUUUUGAAAUCAAUGCAUUGGAUGUAGGUCGAGGCGAUAUGGGGGAAAGUACACGUGCCCUUCUCACGAUGAUUGGUGAAAUAUACGGUGUUCAGCCUUCCAUUUACCAAGAGCACAAGAAAAGCGAGUUAUCGUCAAGGCCUUCUUCUGCCAAAGGCAGCGGGAUGAAUGAGAAGGAAUAUGACUCAAUUGCAUCUAUUGUCGAACGCGCUUUUCGUCAUGUGGCUCUUGACGGAUAUGGUGAUUUAAGUCUGAAGAUUGCCAUACUCAGAGUGUCAAUCAAUCUCUGCGAGGCCCUUCCUGAUUUUGAAGGCGUACUGCAAUACACAGUCGAACUGCUUCAGACCAUCAGAGGGCAUCUCAUGCUUCCUGAAUUUGGGCGAAAGCCACCUAUCUUAUCCUCCGACGAACAGGUGCGGUUACUCAACACAAUAAAGCGGACCGUUGGCGCAGCUCAUAAAUUGGGCGCCACUCAUCUUGAGUCGGAGUACUGGGAUGACUUCCUCGUUCGUGGAGUCACGUUACUAGAAUUUCCGGAAUUCAAACGUCUGUUUCGCCGAACGAGAAAAGAUGUAAGCAUCGCAACUGUGGCUGACGAAAAAUCAAAGAAAGACCCAUUUUUGUAUAAUGCAUUUGCAAAAACAGACUAUAAGACAUCCGAGGCUCUAAUGAUCGCGAAAGAACUCGCAAGUUUCAAGGUUACCCUUCAAAAUCCUUACGACUUUGAACUUGAGAUCGAAAGUCUGCAGUUACAGGGUGACAAUACAACUCUUGAUGCUCGCACGUACAACAUAAUAGUACCCCCGUUGUCUCUGUACGAUGUUAUGGUUCCGGCUAUUAUCAAUGAGGUGGUGAAGGUCAUCCAUCCGCAGCCUUCAGUUGUCGUUCACUCCACUUCGCUCUCGCAAUCUGCUUUGAUGCUGCUGGAAGGAGAGACCAGAACUUUUGAUAUCACUUUACAUAAUGUUUCCUCGUGCGCUGUUGGUUUCAUUUUUUUCACAUUCCAAGAUUCAACCACCCGGCAGUUGCAGAACGCGCUUAGUAACAAAGAUCUCCUCCCGGCCGAAAUAUAUGAGCUCGACCUCCAGUUAUCCUCCAAACCUCCCUUACGCUGGGUACGCCAUGGAAGUAAACCCGAUGAUGUGACGAUUGAAGCUGGGGAGAAAGCAACUUUCACUAUCGAAGUCUUCGGUAAACCUGGUCUACAAGACGCGGCCGUCCAGAUCGAUUAUUGUCAUCUGGGAGACAAGCCGGAUUCCAUUCCCGAAUACUUCUAUACGCGACAAUUAUCCAUACCCAUCACCGUAACAGUCAACGCGAGCGUUGAAGUGGCACGAUGUGAUCUUGUUCCACUUUCGGGUGACAUUUCAUUCUUCAACAACCAAGUCAAGGACUCAUCAAUGUCAUCUCAGGUUGAUAAGGUGUACUCCUCACCAUUGUUGGCAAACCACACAGCUCAAAUCACAUCUACCCUCUCUCAUCUUAGCUCCGAUUCACAUUGUCUUGCUGUCCUCGAUUUACGCAACGCAUGGCCAAAUCCUCUUUCUGUUGCCCUUGAUGUCUUUCGAGAGAAAGAUCAAGACGAGUCCUGGGUUACUGUCAAAGGCACCAUACAGCCUGGUCAGAUCUCGAGAUUUAUUCUUGUACUUCCCAGGAUUUUCUUAGAUAACCCUCAUGCUGCUAUCCCCAUCUUGCACUCUGUGCGAAGACAAUUCGUUGUCAGUGCAAAUAAACUUACAUUUGAAGCUGAAGCGGCAACUCGAGAAGCAUUCUGGUUCCGUGAGGAACUAUUGAGGCGUUUACGAGGAACGUGGCGGGAAGAAUCAACAGGUCGAGAAGGCUCGGUUGACUUCCGCAGUGUCAGAUUUACUCCAAGAAUGGUUGAUGCAAUGCGACUCGAGGACCUAGAGGUGACUUUUGCUCUGACUUCCUCGGAUGAUCAACAAUCUGUGGCCCAGGUCAAGAGCUCCAAGUACACCGCGCAAACCAAUGGCUUCCUUGAACUCACAGUCGAGAUUCAGAAUCGCUCUUCGCGACCCGUACAUCCAAUACUCCGACUCCAGCCGGGUUUAUGUAACCAGCCCAGCACCAUUGCGCUUGACCUCUCGAAAAGACUAGCGUGGACUGGCACUUUACAGCGUGCGUUGCCUGUGGUACCUGGCGGGGGUAAAACCGCUGCCAGCCUAGGGCUUAUAUUUUUCUGUCGUGGGGAGUAUGAAAUCGGGGCAAGCGUGGAGGAAGUUCGCCUCAUGAAACCUGUGACAGGGAGCAAAGAUACGUCACAUGUUACCAGGGACAUCGAUGAAAUAUUCAUACCGGACACAUUCCCUGCAGAUGGAGGAGCCAGGAAGAGGCGCAUUUGGCACGCUAAGGAUCAUUGCGUGAUUGCCGCGUACGAUUGA